UGUUUUGACUGACUUGUUUAGUCAUUCUCAAUGCUCGACAAUAGUUAUCAUGAUCUGAAUGUUCUUCGUUUCAACGAAAGUCCAGUUCAACAGCAAUAGUUUUUGUUGUGAAGGGAUGCUUUGAAGCUCACCAUGAAGCGGACCCCCCAGAAGCUGAAGAAGAAGGAUGAGGAUAAAAAUCGUUUCAGAUUCCAGUCAUUCAACGACCGUGUGGCUGAGAUCAACAUCGGUGUAGCCCGCCGUUUCGGUGAAGUCCAGGAACUUGACGAGGAUGCGGACACAUACUUCCAACAGGGCCUGGAGAAGUGGAGGGAGCUGAACUGCACCGCUCACUUCACUGCUGCGUGUCGUGACUUACCGCAGACAAAGAGUCUUCCACAGGUUAUUCAUCACCAGGAGGGCAUUGUAGCAGCUUUGAAGAAGCACUUGGCUAUCCCAAACAGUUUGGCUUUGCAGCCGUUAUUAGAUUUGGUACUGCAGCUGGCACGGGACCUGCACAGUAACUUCUAUUCCUACUUUGAGGACUUCUUUGAUGUGUUUGUGGCCUUAUUAAGUACCAACAAUUCGGAGACAAUCGAGCAAGUUUUCACCACGCUGGCGUACCUGAUCAAGUUCCUCAGGCACAGCUUAUUGCAGCACAUUACUACAGUGUACAAUUAUUACAAAGUGUUGCUGUCGGAUACACAGAAGCCGUACAUCACCUCGUUUGCUGUUGAGAGUUUUUCAUUCCUUGUGCGCAAGCUGAGGAAACCCAAGCGGUUUGUAGUUCACGUCGCAAACUCUCUUGAAGAUGAUGAGUUCUGUCAAGGUGUUGGCCUGUUGCUGUUCGAGUCUGUCAAAGGAGUGUGCAUGCAAUUUCAUUCAUCUACUGAAGUGCUUCUGUCAGCAUGGCUUCCUCACCUUGGCCUCCCAUCUUCCGGUACUACGAAUCCGGAUAUGGUACUGGAGGCAAUGCUUCGCUGCAUGCAGGAGAUGGCGGAGUAUACUCGCAAGGAGCACUGUGCUUUCAUAUGGCCACUGUUGCUGGAGUAUGUGGACAGAGUUCUGCAAAAGUACCUCAAGUCAAGCUCGAACACAACCGACACUGAUGACAAUGUUGCGACUAUGCUGUGGGCACAUUUGGAGCGUGUCCUACGGCUGGUACAGAAAUGGGUGACAUGGCGCCAGGGUACACGGUUGGAGAAUGCUGAACCGGUCUACCAGUGUCUGCACAAGCUACUGGAAUCUGCUGAUGUUGCCUGCGAGUCGUACGCUGUGAACGGUCUGCUGAUUGAUCUUGUGCGUUGUGCCAGGCCAUUCCAGCCAGCCCUGGCCCAACCUGUGGCUGAUAAGGUUCUUGCCUCGUCAUCUUGCCGCCAGGCCUUGGAGUUUGCUUAUCACUUGGCCUCACUUGGUUCAAACGGUCAAGAGGUACUGGCAAAUCUUCCUCGGAUUGUGGAGAAUUAUGCAUCCAGUUCAGCCAAUUAUUCGGAUGUGCUCGUAUUCCUCUCCAGUCUGAGCCAAACUUUUCAAGACAAUUGUACUUCUCCCGAUGACCAACUCACAUUCGAUCUCUCGUCGAUGCCGAAUAUUGCUGAAAUGCUCUUGAAAACUUGCCAGCCUCCUCAAGACCCCGACGAUGGUGGUGACUCGGUUGUGCAGGCUCAGUGCAUGUGGAAUGCUGCAACUGCUCUACGCAUUUGUCAAUCAUUUCCAGAUGGAUAUGGUGCCGUCGGCAAUCUCCGUUCUUGGCUCUCGCUCUUGUCCGAACGUGUUGAGCAGCUAGCAGAAUCUGGCAAACCCGUCAACAUGCAAUGCGGGGAGUCGUCUUUGCUGUCAUUCAAUGUUCUUCGCCUUACUGAAGUACUUUUGUCUCUUGAUGGCGCAGCUCUCUUCGUUGAGAAGUUUACCCUUGGCUGGGCUCUUGGCCUCCUAAAGGUACUGCCCAGUGACUUUCAUAUGCUGAAGAUGGUAUUGACGCUAGUCAAUGUCAUCGAUGAAAGUCGUGAUCCAACGUCUGAGUUCUCGGGGAACAUCCAGCGACUCUCCACAGAGGACCUGGUUCAAGUCUUCCCCAUACUGCAGCCAAAUCUGUCACAUCCGUUUCAGCCAGUCCGCCAAUGUACGUUAGAAAUCCUCUCCCGAUUUCCUCAGCCAAUGUCUACUGCUGCAGUUAGCGAGGGUGAUGGACCAGCAGUAUUUCCAGUUAUUCGCCAAUGUUUGGAUGCGCAGGAGGUCACACCAUCACUACAAGGGUCCCGAGAAAAGAUCCGCCUCCUUGAUCAGCUCAAAUGUACACCACAGAAACUGGAAGGUUGCCCUGAGAUCUACAGGGAGGUCGCUCUGCGCUACCUCAUCGGUUGUUUCUAUGUUAACUUCCGGCCAGUCUGGUCCGCCGCAACAGAGCUUAUAACUUCGUACGCAACCAACACAUUCCGCAAGACCUUCUGGACUGUUUACAAUGAACACUUGGAGUUGUGCACUGUGCGCUGCAGAGACCUGGCGGAGUUGGAGUCCACACCAAAGGAGGCUGAUCAGGAAGCGUCCGUUGCCACUGCUCUCGCCGACUCACCAUCUGCUGUGUUCUGUCGGGCGCUGGGCCGUGCAUCCAUUUCUGGAGAGGAUGCUCGCAUUGACCAUUUGCAAGUCCGCUUGCUCUUGUGGCAAACGAUGUCGUCGUUCCCGUCAUCAUCUGAAGCCAGCACUCGCUAUCUCAUCCCCAUCUUCUUGUCCUACGUCAGGGAGGAAUACAGCUGCCUGGACGACGCCGUGCUCAAGCAUCAGGACUUACGACAUCGCGACCAUCGCACUGCCAUAGCAGCAACCCCAUUAGACAACAGCAUGGAUGAGAAGACAGACGGUGCUGAUGAGAACAAUGAGGUUGAGCAGCAGCAUGGUGGCAACACCUCUGAGGAACCUGGCAAGAAAGGCAAUCGGCGCAUGCUCUUCAAGACUUUGUCAACAAUGCUCACCUUGUUCAGCAAGUUCAUAGACCCACGUUCAGUGCACCGUGAGGCUGACAUGAAACAGCUAAUGCUACAACUGCUUUGUCACCGUGAAGAGGAUAUCCAGAUCUUGGCGUUGCAGUAUCUGAUGGCCUAUAAGCCGCAGUUUCUUCUGCCGUACAAAGAAAACCUGUUCAACCUGCUGAAGGAGGCUAAUUUCAGAGAUACGCUAACUCACUUCACCAUUGAUGAAGAAAGCGGUGUGGUGAAGGCGAAUCAUCGGUCAGAGCUGAUGCCGUACCUGAUCCGGGUUCUCUAUGGCCGUAUGUUAAAGGGCACCGGCGCCUCUACUACCGGAAAGGAGGGCAUCAACCGUAGGCGUGGUGUUGUGCUGCGGUUCUUGUCAGGAUGUCCGAGCGAUGAGGUGAAGGUGUUCGUCGAUCUGAUUUCAGCUCCCUUCCAGGCCUUGUUUGAUGGUGACAGAGCAUCAGAAGAUCCAUUGCCGAAGCUUGAUCUGGCACAUGCUGUACCUCUUCGCAAACAACAAGGAUUCCUCACGAUGGUUGGGCAAGUGCUGACCCACUUGCGCAGUGUGAUCACUCCGUUCUUGCCCUCUCUGCUGCACACCAUCCUGUGUGUAACAUCAUGGGUGGGAAAGCUUCUACGCCUGUGCCAUGCCCAGGCAGCCCCUGGGUCGGCAGUGCCAGCAGAGGACAUGGUUGACAUUAGAAUGCUGUCAUUGCUGCGGACACUGCGACAACUGGGACUGGCCAGGCUGACAGAGUUGUUUGAUGCCUUUCCAACGUUUGACUUUGAGCCGUUCAUGAAGAACAUCCUGGAGGUAGCUGUCUGGCCACAGCUGGGUGCUUUACCUACGGAGUGCCUGCAACAUCCAACGCCACUGAUGAAGUUGAUGCUUGGCUGGAGUCAGCGCAAAUGCUUUCUGAAUUACUUUGCCAAACCGACGCCGGAGAGCAUGGACAAUGCCAUGCUUCACUACGUGUUUGCGUGUCUUCGAUCGUCCGCCGUCCGCCCGCCCGUGGUGCACGCCAUCAUGCAGCUGGUAGACAACCUGCUGAACAAUGGCAACGAUCAGCGGGACGCCGGCAGCAGCAGCGCCUCUCUGGAGCCAUCGGCCAAGCGCCGAAUGGUGGCCACCAGCGCCGAGACCACCUCGAGCCAGCGCACAGACAUCUCUCACGAGCGUGGCAACGUGGCCGCAUGUGCCGGAGGUGUUCCAGUACUGCAACAUGCCAGCACAACUGGUGAGCAGCUUCUUCUACCUCAUCUGCCUCUCAUCUUGGAGCACCUUGGUUCACUUGUCGUCACUGGCAAUUCAGCCAGUGGGGAUGCAUCGGCCUCGUCAAAGAAACCUGCUCAGAAAAAGGUCCCACUUCAGUAUCUCACAACUCUAUCCAGGAUGAGUGAGUUUGUGGAAUCACCAUCGCUAUCGGAGAAGCUAGUCAAGGCGUUCUUGCCACUGGUGUCUAAAUCACUUGUUCAUGGGGAUGCACUCUCCAACGUCUUGUUGACCAUAAGCCGUCUACUACAACGCGUCACUGAUGUGGAGCAGUUUGUUGUUCCCCUGUCAAAGUUGUUUACCUCGGUCAAAGUUCGGUCUGCUCGUCAACAUCUGUGUACAGCCCUUCAGGUUGUCGGCUCUAAGUGUCCGCAAUAUGAGAAGACCGCAAGCAUAGUGCAAUUGCUCAACGCAUGGGAUCCCAAACGGCUGGAAGAGCCUGAUGUUGAGCGUCGUUUGGAUGGCUUCAAGUUGUCAGUGGAGGUGCUGGAAUCAUCAUCUGAGCCCGAUGUCAUCCUGGCUCUAAUCUACAAUGCAUUGUUCACCAUUCACCAGGAUGAUGAAACUGCCCUGAGAGAUAGUGCCUGUUACACCAUCCUUGCACUCAUCAAGAAGUUGGCUAUCGUCCUGGCAGACACUGAGGGUGACAAGCAUGCUGUUUGGAGCAAGAAUAUCUUGGCCAUGGUGUUCCUGCCAGCUCUGCAGCAAGGUGUUCGCAGCAAGUCUGACGCUGUGCGCCAUGAGUUUGUGGCCUUGCUGUCGGAGGCUGUGCGCUCCUUGUCCGUAGUGUGCCCUCGCCUGGCCAACCUGCAGUGUCUGCACAAUGACGACUUGGAUGUGGAUUUCUUCGAGAAUGUUCGCCACGUGCAGGUGUUCCAUCGUACAAACGCUUUCCGAUGGCUAGCGACCAAGCUGGAUGAGGGUGCAGUGCCGCCCACGACCAUCGCCAGCUUCAUCCUGCCACUUGCCAGCCAUUACCUGACCGUGUCUGGCUCUGAUCACAACUUGGUGACGCAAGCUGUUGCCGUGCUUGCUGCCCUCGCCAAGCAGUCACCUUGGGCGCGCUACAAGUCAUUGUUACAGCGCUACCUUCGCCUGCUCCUCAAGGGGUCCGAUCAGCAGAAGAUUCACAUCCGUGUGGUGGUUUCCAUUCUGGAAAGUUUCCACUUUGAUGUGAAGUCUAUAGAUCCAGCAUUGUACACCGAGACAGAUCCCACCACCGCAUCAACAACUAGCACAGCGCAAGCUGGGAAAAGCGAGGUUGUGCAAGGCGAGGAGAGGAUGGAAGUGGUGGAGAAGAGCAGCAUGCCUGGGUCAGGGGAGCCGUCUACUGAACAAGAUAAGUCUGUGGACGAUGACGAGGCUACAACUGACACCACUGAUGUUGCUGAGGAUGAUAAGGAAGACAUAGAUGAUAUGAAGGCCGCGGAAGUGGAUGAUGAUGAUGAAGACAGUAGCAGAAUACAGGCAGUUGGUGAGAACAUGGUAGACGAAGCAGUGCUUUUGCAGCGUAAAAAUGAUCUAGCUCGCCGAAUAUUCUCGUCUCUCCGCCGUGAUAUCAUCCCGGAGCUCGAUAACAUCCUGGCGCGAAAGGCUGGUUCAGGUGCUGGUGGUUCCCAUCACCUCAGUAACCAAGAGAGCAAUAACGCCGACCUAAUCGUCUGCAUGCCUAUAGCGCUGGCUGCCGUCAAGCUAUUCCAGAAGCUACCGGAGGAAAUCAUGCACAUGCGUCUGCCUGGGCUUUUGCUGAAGGUGUGCAAUGUGUUGCGGAGUCGCUCCAAGGAGGUGCGUGACACCGCCAAGCAAUCUCUAGUCAAGAUCUCCUGCUCACUGGGCCCGCGCUAUCUGUCCUGGGUUAUCAAGGAGUUGCGUGGUGCUCUGACUCGUGGCUAUCAGCUUCAUGUCCUGGGCCAUGCACUUCACGCCGUCCUGGAAGCUAUGGCGGACUCCAUAUCUCCUGGCGAAGUCGAUGACAGCAUUGUCAGUGUGAUGCAGGUUGUAUCUGAGGAUCUAUUCGGUGAAGUUGCCUCUGAGAGACAAGUUGGAAAGAUUGCAGACAAGGUUCCUGAAGCACGAUCAACACGCAGUCGUCUCAUUGUGCAGCUACUAGCUCGGUUUGUCGGCAGUGACGAGAUUCAGUCCCUCCUACAGCCGAUGCGUGAUGUAUUGCGGACAUCACAGAGCUUGAAAGCCGUUCAUUGCAUUGAGGAAUGCUUGCGUCACAUCAGUCUUGGCUUGCUAUCAAACACCGGCCUGGAGACACCUGGCCUUCUGGUCAUGAUUCACAGCCUGUGUGUGGAGAACAACUCUGGCCUGGGAAUGGUGGCCGGGAAGAACGAGAGUUCCACGUUUCUGCCAGAGCCAAAAGAAGAGCAACGUCCUACUCGUCCAGAGCUCUACUCUGAGCUCCUGCUGCCAGCGGCUCCAGUGCGCGGUGGCAAAGCGCCGGGCAUGAGCAAGCUGACCAACAUGCACGUACUGCUGGAGUUUGCCCUUCAGCUACUGCUGAGCUGCUUCAAGCGUGCCUCUAUCAACACUGGAGACAAGGAAGUGUUGCAGAUGCUGGAUCCGCUGUGCUCUCUCCUGGCCAAGUUCCUCACCACGCAACAUGUCAAGCUCCUGUCACUCAGUCUGCGUGUACUGGUGCACUUACUGCCGUUAUCCUUACCCAGAAUGGAACGGUUUCUAAAGCCCAUUAACAAGCAGCUCUUCAGAGUGCUGAGAGAGUACUCUGCAGCGGGUGCAGCUGUGGGCAACAACCAUGAGAUGAUUGUAGCAGCAACAAAGGCGCUGGCAACAAUCAUUUAUAAUACACGCAAGUUGAAUAACACUCAGUUACAGAUACUAAUGAAUUUUGUGGAUGAGGACAUAAACGAUUCCUCCCGGAAAGGAACGGCCUUUCCUCUAUUGAAGGCCAUAUUGUCACGCAAGUUUGAAGCCGCCAUCAUCCACGAGGUGAUGAAAAAGGUCCGCGAGCUGAUUGUAGCCGCCGAUAUUGAAACUGUGCAGCUCAAUUGCCGACAGGCUAUGAUGCAAUAUCUGCUUGACUACCCGCUUGGCAAGAAGAAAAUCAGCGAACACGUGAUGUUUUUCCUCGCGAAUUUAAAGUAUGAGAUGGAAAGUGGACGUGUGGCAGUCUUGGAAAUGCUCAACCUGAUAGCGACCAAGUUUCCAACAGCUGUUCUCACAGACAAUGCCGAUGUGUUCUUUGUGACCGUCUCGACUCGUAUGGUCAGUGAUGAUUCGGCGCUGUGUCGCAAGCUUGCCGCCUUGGCUAUCCAGUCAUUGAUAGAGAAGGUCAAUAGCAAGAGAAAGGAUUCCUUGUUUUCUGCUAUUGAGACGAUGCUGGCCAAUCCCUCAAGUGAGCUGCCACUCCAACGCAUGUGUUUCCAUGCUGCUGGAGUUUUUGUGACCGCGGAGGGUGCUUUGUUUGAGAGGCGCUUGGCCAAGUUUCUGCCAUUGCUUCAGCAGGCAUUGACUGCCCAGGAUGGCGAUGAUGACAUGGAUGGCUGUAAAGAAAUCUCGGAUGGAGUGGUUGAAGGAACAGACCGAGACGAGGUUAUCUUCACUGCUCUGUGCUGUCUGACGAAAAUCGUGACGAAGUCGCAACUACUCUCAUCAGACAAACAUAUGGAGGCAAUGAAUUCGAUCUGGGGUGCCCUUCAAGAGUUGCUGCUUCAUCCGCAUGACUGGGUCCGGCUCUAUGCUUGUCAGCUCUAUGGCUACCUCUUUACAGAAUGGCCGGCAGAGAAGCUGCUGGCUGGUGACUGUAGCGCAGCGCUGGGCCCAAGACAGAAGCGACGCCACGCCAGCCUUGAGCAGCGCUACCUGCUGUCCAAUGCCCAUGUGACUGUGUCGCAGCUGGCACGCUGCUUCAUCUGGCAGCUCACCUCAGACAACCUCAAAGAGGACCUCUCGCGUCAGAUCAUCAAGAACCUUGUGUACAUUGCCAAGGCGCUCUGUCUGCUGACCAGUGCUGAUUCCAAUGCUGCAGCAGAAACCCAGCGAGAAGAUGACAAUGACAAGGAUGAUGAGGCCGAAAGCAGUGAUGAGGAGGCUGACAAUGACAAGGAUGAUGACGGAGAUAGCAUGAUGUCUGAAGAUCAAAUGAAGACGGUGGACAUUGCAUGGAUGAUAAAGAAGAUGGUUCGCAUCAGCAAGUAUGAAGCAGGUCACCAUCGGGAACAAUCACUGAAGCGAUCAUGGGUGAUCCGCUGGCUGGCAGCUCUAACGCACAUCCUUCAGCAACAUGGCGGUUUGGAUAUCCAUCUAGCCAGCAUGUUGUCACCAGUCUUGGUGCUUGUACAUGACAAGAAUAAACUCGCAGGUGCAGAGCUCUACACACUAGCUGAGAGUGUGCUACAGGAAAUGCGUACCAAGAGUGGUCAUGAGACCUUCAGCACUGCCAGCAUGCAGGCAGAACGCGCCAUCCGAGAGAAGCGUGACAAACGCCGACAGCAGCGGCUGUUGGAGAAUGUUGCCAACCCAGCACGUGCAGCGCAGCGCAAAAUCAAGCUUAAUGCUGCCAAGAAAGAAGCAAAGAAAAGAAAGCUGAAAGAGGAGCGGAUAGCUGCCAAAACUCUCCGACGCAAAAAGAAAUACAAGAAGUAGAUCCUGGAUACGACGCACACUAGUGGCAUGAGCUGCUGCUUUUGUUUUGAGAUGCUCCUCUUUAUUUUGGCAUGGGUGUGUGAGUGCAAAGUCUUCUUCUUUUCUUCUUCAUCUCCUGAACUGACUCCCUCAGUACAGUUCUUUCUGUUCCAGAGGCUCUUCUCCAUAAUCCCUUAUUAGUAAUGAGACUAAAAACAGCUUUAUUCCCAUAGCUAUGCAAAAGACGUUACUUCAGUAACGUCUGGCGCUAGCCAGGGCCCACGCAGCUUCAAUUCCCGUAGCUAUGCGAAAGUGAAGUAACGCCUGGCA